AUGCAAAGUUUAUGGUUCCGCGCUGCGCAGACCAGAUCAUCAUGUCGUUGUAACGCUUGUGUGAAAAUCGGCACAAUCAUAACUCGUCAAACUACAAAUGCAAUUGGGAAACGUCGAAGGGUUAGCAUAGGAGAUAUAUUUACGGCAUGUUAUUCAACAAUACUCGCAACUGCUGCAGUGGCAGAUUCAAAUCGAAAAGUUCGACGAAGGGAACAAUGGGAUCGAGUCAUUGCAGAAGCGAAGGCGGGAGUUCCUAUCGACAAAGUGGAGGAAUUGCAGGAUCGUCAAGUAGAAGGAAAUGCAGGUGAAGUUAGGAAUCAGAUGCCAGGAAUGCCAGGAGAGUCAGGAACAUCUGGAAAUUCAGGAACGUUAGGAGUUCCAGGAACGUCAAGGUUACCCGGAUAUUUGGGGAAUCAAUUUUCUUUCCCAAGAACUGGAAUUAUUGGUACAAAGGCUGGAUCUACAGGACCUAUGACCUGGGAUGGAGUCAAAUGGACGGCGAACUCUUCCAUGAGUCGAUUGGGAACUCAACUCAAUAACAUACCCUCGAAUGUGUCGAGGUCUGCCGAGACCACGGUACCAGAAAGUUCACAGGAUCUCGUCCCCCAAUCUACCGCUUCACCUGUUCAGCCUACCACUUCCCCCGUUCAGUCAGCCACGCCAGAACAUAUCACAAACCUAGAACAGUUCGGCGAAUAUAUACCUUCAAACGCUAUGCUUCAACCACGCAAAGUCAAAACUCGAAAACACUUGGACCGAUUAGAAAACUCGAUUUCAAAGCUAGUUCAUCGACUCAUGUGGACCACCAAGCUCUCUCCUAUGGCAGCGGAUUUACACUCGGCGUCAUCUGGCAUCUUUCUCCAGACCGAUAAAAUGAUAGGAAGAGUUGAAGAAUUACAACGGGGUGAUAUUAGCAUGCCAGCAUAUCAAUUGGAAGCCGAAGUCGGUCAAGAAAGAUUUCAAUUACAUGAUGCCCUGGAAAAUCUCCUCAAAAAUACAUCUCCGGGUCAGGAUAAUCUCAAUCUAAUUCUAACCAAGAUAUGUUACAAUCUUCUCAUAAGUUCCGCGUCGCCAAACAUCUUUACGUAUAACUUUUUAAUCGAGAAAUUGACCGAAUUGAUGCUUCAUGACCACGCUCAAGUAAUUGUUGAUUCAUUUCUCUACGAUACAAUGUUCAAACCUACUUCAAGGACCAUUCAGGUUAUUUUGAAUCAUUAUGCAGCCAAGAAUGAUUUAGAAGGUUAUCGAAGCAUUAUUAGGCGUAUGAGAGCGGUGGAUGGGAGUAUGAGAAUUGCACGGAGACAUGAGAAUCAAUUAUUGGACAAUCCACGUGUUUUGAGUUGGGCCGAGAAACAUGCUCAAAGACUGACCUUGAGAGGAGGUUGGCUCGAACGAAAAGUACCACGAGAUGAAUCUAUAUUCGAUGCUCUUAUUGGGACGAGUCUUCAAAUGACCACUGCUCGACAAUCGAUCAUGUAUAUUCGAGCAGCUUUACGUCAAGACAAGAAAAUUAAGAUUCGACCAGAGUUACUUUGUGAGGCAGUGAGAAGUUGUGUAGCUCAACUAGAUCAUGCUGCUGGAGCGUCACUUUUACAUUCUAUAUUAGAGACGUGGGCCGAAAAUAUAGAAGUACCUGAUCGCAUUCCACUCACCAAAACUACACGGUGGGCCAUAAGAGAACUUAUUUAUCUUUGUGGAAUUGACCCGACCAAAGAUUUACCGAGCAUUUUACCAAUAGAUAUUCCUAGGUGGAAUUUGGGAAGACUUUUAUUCUGGUUGAACCUUGGUUCGAUACGUGAUUCCGUUGAACGCUUUGUUGCACGCAUAAAUGCCUUGCAGGACAUUCUUCACAUAUCCUCAAAAAAAUCCAAUCAUAACGUCAAAAAGGAAUCUCACCUUAACUUCCCCGAAUUUGGGAAUACACAAGCUUGGGAUUAUCUUCCAACGAAAAAAACUCGGAACCGGCCAUCUUCUCAUUCUAGCAUCGACCGUUCCCUCGAAAUUUUCGAAAAGUUCACAUAUACAGAGAACGCACGAGCAGAUAAAUCGAAACAAGGAUCCCUUCAAGGUAGAAGAGUGAUGCUUCAAAGCUUGGAAUCUAAGAUUGCAUUGUCAAGCGCAAACAUCCAUUCGACUGAGAUGUCUAUAGUUUCCUUUUACUACAAUCAAUUCCCUCGAGAUUGGAGAUAUACAUAUCAUCUCAGAUUACAGGAAUCUCCACACAUGUCAUUGGGACAUAGAAUUAUUGUUCUCAAGGGAUUAAAACGACUUCAAAAACUGCAUAUAUUCGAAUACCAGCUAAAUUUGAGCUUACGACAAAUCAAUCUCUUGAAGAAGGAGAUAGACUAUAUUAUGAAUGAAAGAGAGCAGCGCAUAAUGGAUCUUUUUGCCAAGGUUAAUCAUAGUGCCAAACAAGUCAAACAAAUCGCAUGGCAUUUACAUGUCAUGAAACGGAGCAUCAAAUCGAAAGCGGAAUUCCUUCGGUUGAAAGAAUCACGAGAAAUCAAUCAACGAAUCAAUCUUCUCGAACUCGCGAUUCAUAUGACUAAACGGCAUAUCAAUCUUCUAGAACGGGAUCUCAGCUUGGAUUUUCCACAAGUAAAUCCUGAGUGGAAGUUACGAGAAUUGAACUUGGUCUUGUUCAAGGUCAAUAAGGGGAAACAACAAGUUAAACUUUUGGCUGAAGAGAUUUACCUCACCUAUCCUCCUCAAGUGGCCAGAAAGACUUAUGCCCGCUCGAAUUGUGAAUGGAAGGUGCUUCGGAAAUACCGCACAAAACUUUCUUUUCAUUAUGAAUCCCCAGUUGAUAAACUCUUACCAGGCGAAGAACAUGGAGAGCAUUAA